AUGCCCCUGUCCUUGGAAAAGCUCUGGCCUCACGAUCUACAGGUUCUUCACGAGCUCAUAGAGCAAGGUCAAGCACUCCGCGACGAUGUAGACUUACCCACUCGUGUCGUGCAGAUUGAUGACGGUCUUGUCGUCAAGUACGGUGACUCUGUCCGCUUAUCAGAAGCCUUAGCCAUGGAGCUCGUUCGCACGCAUACCUCUAUCCCUGUCCCUCGCGUUCUCGCGUAUUUUCGCGACUCGACUGAGAGUGUUCCUGAUGGAAUCGGCUACAUCGUCAUGGAGCAGGUCCAUGGUGUCAUACUUUCCGAAGUCCUCGACGUUCUAAACGACGAUAUCAUUCAAGACAUAACUUGGGAGUUCUCUGAUUAUGUCUCUGAGCUGAAGAAGCUCGACCGACUUGGGGAAUGGGGAAUGGUGGGCAAAGACGGGAUCUACCAUUGCGGUCCUUAUUUCUCCUACGAAUCUCCUCACUCGGGUACGGAAGGCCCUCAUCACUCCACCCCUCUCCGAGCCAAAUCCUGCACCGACGUUCUCGAAUACUUCGCCCGCGCCGUCGACCAGAGCAUGGAUGAAGAUUGGGCUGCCGUGACUCAAACAACUAUAGACACAUUCGACAACACCAAACCUGCCUCUUUUUGUCAUCCCAAUCUCACCCCCGAGAACAUCAUGGUCGACCCCACCGACGGUCGUAUCACUGGAAUCUUGGAUUGGUUCGGCGCGGGAUGGUAUCCCUAUUUCUGGAUGUCUUGGGUCGCGAGGAAUCGGAAGGAUUCGUAUUCGAACGUUCAGUAUCUGAAGUGGCAUCGGAUAUGGACGGCUGCGAUGAAGGAGUAUCCUGAAUCUCGUGGGUUUGGGACGUUGUUGUUUGAGGCGGAGGCAUACGGGGUUGAAUGCCCAGGUUCAAGGUGA